AUGCUAUUUCCCAAAACAUACCUCAUCCUCGUUGCGCCUUGGUCCGUUGCCCUUGCUGCCAUCGGCAAGUUCUACUACGAGACGAAUUGCUGGGGCGACUAUGAGCAAUUUGACGCCGGCAAAUUCGAUUACUGCUUUUUACUACGCAACGGCAUUGCAAAGAGCUUAUACGUCGAGGGUAUGCCAAGAGGCUCCGACGUUGUCGCCUUUGGGCAAACGCCAGACUCGGCUUGCGGAUAUGAACUCUGCAUCUUCAGGCUGGGUCCAUCUCACUGCUGCUCGCCUGGCAAGGACAUCAGGGGUGCGGCUCUGUAUUCCACGGACCGGGGCCCAAAAAACCUCCAUCAUGAAGGAGGAGGACCUGCUGCCGACACCGCCGCACAGGAGCCAGGUACCGGCCCUGAACAUGGCGUCGACCAAACUCGGGAGGUCUUCAUACUGCUCGCGGAUGGAACCUAUUUUGGGCUGGGAAAGGAUCGAAAGGGCAAGAUGACGUCGGUUGAGCUGCAGAUGGAGCUGCAGGCCAACGGAAGACCUCGACUUACUGAGGAGCGGCUUGGAGAACUUCGCGGCAACGAGCUUAUCAAGUGA